GGAUGCUAUCUCAUUGCAAAGCUGUUUCAUAACCCCAGAAAAAAAGUAAUUGUCUUCGAUAUCGGCGUGCAGGAGGACUGAUGUUGAGGGUUUUUGCAUAUUGAAUUGCUUAAAACUGACUGAUUGACUAUGUUAUAUUACUGUUCUUCUUAUGGAAAAAUCGAUCCAAACAUGUAAUAAAAUAUAUUAUAGAGUAUUCCGUUUUAAAAUAAAUUCCAAGAUGGCGCCCAACAAGGCACUGUAUAAUUUAUGGGUUGCGCCACCAAUGGUGGUAUUCUUCCGUGUUUUGCCGAAGAUUUACGAAGGUUGUCGCUACUGGCUUUCGGCACGAUAGGAAAGUCCGGAAAUCUACCCGGAGUGCUAAAAGUGAUGUCACUUUUCGCUUGAAUUGCAGUAAGUGCACAAAUAUUUAUCAGUGACAGAUUGUGACGUAUCAAACAUCUAGCCAUCUAGCGAAAGUCAGACAGAUAGGGCAAAUCGUUCACUGCUUUGGUUGCGAGUUGUUUUGUUGAAUUUACAAACGAAAGUGGCAUUUUUCCUGCACUAAAAGGCGAUUAUCUUGAACUCAAAUGGGCCAAAAGUGAUUUUCAAAGAAUAUUUUAACGCGGCAGGGUGUCUUUGUUCAGGAUUUUCAACUUACAUGGUUCGUGGCUAGACAGUAAAAUAAGCAAAAUGCCUUUAUUUGGUAAAGAGAAAAAAGCCAAGAAAGAAGAAAAGGAUCAUAGGCAUCCUUCUUUAGAAGACAAAUAUUAUUUAAAGGAGUUGCUUGGAACGGGCGCUUUUUCAGUGGUUAGAUUAGCUGAAAGUAAGGACCAUCCUGGUGUAAUGCAUGCUGUUAAAAUAAUAGACAAGAAAGCCUUGAAAGGCAAAGAAGAUUCAUUAGAAAAUGAAAUUAAAGUUUUAAGGAGGUUGAAGCACCCCAACAUUGUACAGCUAUUAGAAACAUUCGAGGAUAAGUCUAAGUUCUAUCUCAUCAUGGAACUGGUUACAGGAGGUGAACUUUUCGACAGGAUUGUUGAAAAGGGGUCUUAUACAGAGAAAGAUGCGGCUGAUUUGAUCAGACAAGUUCUAGAAGCAGUCGAUUAUAUGCAUGAACAAGGGGUUGUGCAUCGAGAUUUAAAACCUGAAAACCUGCUGUAUUAUAGCCCGGACGAAGAUAGUAAAAUAAUGAUAAGUGACUUUGGAUUAUCAAAAAUGGAAGAUUCGGGUGUCAUGGCAACUGCUUGUGGAACACCGGGUUAUGUUGCGCCUGAAGUUCUGGCUCAAAAACCUUAUGGAAAGGCAGUCGACGUUUGGAGUAUAGGAGUCAUAUCUUAUAUUUUGUUAUGCGGCUAUCCGCCAUUUUAUGAUGAAAAUGAUGCCAAUUUAUUUGCGCAAAUCCUGAAAGGUGACUUUGAGUUCGAUUCCCCCUAUUGGGAUGAGAUUAGUGAUUCUGCAAAAGAUUUUAUACGAAAUUUAAUGUGUGUAAAUGUGGAGAAGAGGUACACUUGUCGACAGGCUCUUGGACAUCCAUGGAUAUCCGGCAACGCCGCUAGUAACAAAAAUAUUCAUGGGACAGUAUCAGAGCAGCUCAAGAAGAACUUUGCCAAAUCUCGAUGGAAACAAGCGUAUCACGCGACAACGGUGAUCAGGCAAAUGCAGAAAAUGGCGCUCAGUAGUUCCAGUUCUAGCAAAAGUCCAACACCGCAAAGGAAUAUGUCCACCCAAUCUGACGCUUGUGGGAACUUGAAUGGUGCGCAGGAUAAGUAGUCAGUUUUAUAAGAAUCUCGACAGCUAGGCAACCUUUGCAUCGCAACCGUACAUAAUUAUACUGAAUCGUGGUUUAUUAUACAUAAUGAUAUUUAUACGCAAAAUUUACGGAUUAUAUUUAUGUAGGCUAGUGUGGAGCUUAUUUUGAAAAUUCUCCGCGCUACCAGUAACUCAUUGGGUUCAUAAUAAGAUUUCUCGAUUUUCGUUGUCCAUCCGUAUUUUGAACAACUUGUAUAUUUUGAUAUUUUUGAACAACUUGUAUAUUUUGAUAUCGGUGCAUGCUAUCUACUAAGCUGAGAAAUCGCCAUUACUUACUAGAUUCCUCUAAGGAGAAGUUGCACUUCUCCGUCUAGGUAAAAAAUGUCGUCAAAUAGCACCCCUGUGCUUCUUACGCAAUUCUCCUAUCAGUUCAUAAAGGAUUAUAUUCGGCACAAGAUAGUCUGUCUUAGCAAAAAAGUGGAUUAUGAACAUGUAUAACAAAAGAAUUAAAUGGAUCAUGUCACUCAAGCAGACUCAUGCAACUAGUCAUUAGUCCUCACAGAUUUUACAACACAGGGAUCUAGCGCAGCCCAGCACGGCGUUGUAUACACAAAUACACGCAUCAUCAUUCAGUUAUCACUGAGCAUUCGAAGCAGACAGACGUACGCUCCUUGAGUUGUCUGGUACGCGUAUAUUAUUCAAGUUUUAAGUGCAAAUGUAUGGGAAAAUUUGAUUUUUAAACCCAGCAAACUUUUUUCCGAAAAUGAUCCGUCUAUAACUGAAUUGUUUUGUGAUGCAUAAAUUGCCUCGGCUAUGUCUGACAGUGGUGCCGGACGUUACAAAAAUUCUCAAAUAUGCUAUAUUUCGGAAUCUAAUCAAAUUACAUAUAUGGUAGUAAAAAUUAUAUAGACUUGGGCAAUAUGCGCCUCAUGAUAUAAAAGUGCUCGGACAAUAAUGGCACCUUUCCUCAUCAAGGCAUCUAAUGUACUAUUGUUCCUUCCUGCAUGGUAGAAAAACUACGGACAAAUUAAUGCGAACAACAAGUGUGAAAUGCAGUCGUUCCUUGAGGUAUCCUAUUUGUGAGGAUGCCUUAUUUGCAUUGUCAUAUUGGAGUCACAGGAGAGUCACCAGAUAUCAAAGGUGACUUUUUAAAUAGAAUGCUUCUUCCCUGAGAAAAAAUUUUAACAACCGUCCGGUUACGUGUCGUUUGAAAUCAUUAUGGCAAAUAAGGCGUUCUCACAAGGUGCCAAGGUCGGAAAAUCAAUAUUGAAAAGCAAUUUAUUAUAUUACUCAUUUCAAACCCAUUGAGCCUGGGAGAGCGUAGAUUUGAAAUAAUCUUCAAAAAAGUGCCACCCUACAUAUAUGCACUAAAAUAUAACUGAUAUGCAACUGUUAACAUUUUUUAUGAAUUUUUAACAUUUUAGAUCUGAUUUUAAAGGUAAGUGUGGAAUGUAUGAAUGUGGAGUGCUACAAUCUCACCUUUAGUCAUUUGUAUCAAGUGACCACAAACGUAAAGUCAAAGGAAACAGUCGGGUUUCAAAAUUAAUUUCUUCAAUUGUUUGAAUAUUUUUGUUGAACUACAAAGCAUAUCAGUUGUGUUUUGUACUUAACCACUGUCAAACCUGCCCAAAGCUAUAGCUGGUUGAUGUUUACUGUAAAAUAUGAGCGAAAAUAUACAAAUGCUUGUAAUAUAUUUCUGAAAUAGGCAAAGUAAGAUAGUUAUUAGAUAUAUAUUCAUGAUGAAGCUAUGUAAAAUAUGGUAUGUGCAUGCCUCUGUGAACCGUCUUUUCUAUCCAGUCUAUAAUUUCGAAUCCCAGAAAUUACUAGAGAUAUUUUUACAAAAUCACAUGAUUUUGGCGUAUUCAUAUUCUCGAAUUUUCUCAAUUUAAUGAUGAUAAAAAUGACUGAAUAAUAAGACUCAUCGACGGUACAUGCAGGUAUGUUAGUUAUGUAUUUGAUGGAAACUGCUAAUUUGGCAAGUACUUAUGCCAGCUCAAUAAUACAAAAUCGAGAAUGACUGAUAUACAUAUAAUGACAGCCAAAACAAUAUUCCUCAAAACUGGACGAAAAAUAUCGAGCUGUUCAUUUUUUGAGAGUAACACAUUUUGAAUCUCAAAAGUAGAGAGUGCUUUCGUCCAUUCAAUCAAAUGUGUACGGCAUCCUCAUUAGGCAAUAGCACCGUUAAGGUAGGAUGACGAAUGUACGAUAUACUAUUUUUAUUGGAAAUCUGCUUGUGAUUGCAAUCACCGAGUCAACGUAUUGGCUUCAUCUAUUGAAUAAUACUGAUAUUAGAUAUAUAAGGUAAACCUAACCUAAGGGCAUAACCUUUUGAAGCUAUGUAGGUCGCAUAUAUGACUGUAGCUCAUGUAUAAAGACUUUAAAAACUAUAGAAUAUAUUAUAGUAAUGUGAUGUUCAUUUUAAGCAGAGGUAUAUGGUACAAUACAUGGUGUUCGGGAGAUAGUAUGUAUAAUUGGAAAGAAAUUCAGAAAAGCACAUGGAACAAGCUUGAAAACACUUGGCAUACUCAGAAAUUCUUCCUUGCUUUCAGUACUGUCUCUCAUACAUUCUGUAUACCGGGUGUCAUCAAAAGUAUUUCACGGUUUUCCUCCUUUGUUCCAAAAGUUGCCAUUUUUUAAAUGGGCAACUUUUGUGUUCAUUUUGAAAAUAAUAUCCAUUUAGCAAUAGAAGAGUCUCGUGGUAAUACUGUGGUUAGUAUCCGAUAUAAUAUACCCAAACACAGAUCGAACGUUGUGGCAUAUCUUUUUGCUUUAGAUGGUUUUAUGAGAUAAAUAACAUUAUUUUUAUACUUCAUUUUAUUAUAUCGCUCUCUUUUUUCCCCGAGUAUACUCUAUCCAAAUUAUUUGUUUGGCAUGCAGACAAAUACCAUAAUUUAUUGAAUAUGGGCCACUAGGGGGUACUACAGGUUGCCUUAUUGGUGCAACAAAACUAUAUCACUUUUUAAAUAGGAAUGGAUUUGAUAUGUGUUUUUAGUCGUUUUUGUGUCACUUUUUAAAUAAUGUAUGGAUUUGACAUCAAAGGCUUUUAGUCGUUUUGUAUCUGAUACGAUUUUUUUAGACUCCUCAUGGAUCUGAAUUACUAAUAAUGCAAUCUGCAAUGUGUGCAGCUAAUAUACAGGACGUCCAAAAAUAACGCUCGAUUUAUUUUCAGGAUUUUCAUUUAUCGUCACUGUACUAUAAUCAAGUUUAUGAUGUGUGUUAUUUCGAAUGUCUUUAUGCCUUUUGACAAGUGUUUUAAAAUACCCUUACAUUUUAAUACCGUAAAAUUGAGACUAAUGUAUUAGAAACUAAAAAUGGUUUGUUGCAAUUAAAGUUUUCUGAGUGUUUUUUCCAAAAAUAGCAAGCACCUCGAAGUCUUUCGUUUUUUGAUCUAUUUUUUCCAAGAUUACAAUCCUAAAUUGUAUUGGCAAAGAGUUGCACCACUUUGUCAUCCAACAGAAAAGAAGCACUUUGCGAUCUCGAUACAUGUUGUGAUCAAUCCGCUUGUUUUUGGACAUUCUGUGAAAGUUGGGCAGUGUGAGGUCUGAAAAAUUAUAAGUUUCUGACAUAAAAUAUACCUCGAAAUUAACCUUAUAUUAUUUGUAUACAUAUGCGUCUAGGUAUUAAAUAAAAUGUUAGAUAUGGAAUCAAACUCCAAGAUUGAACUUGAUGUAAAAAUCGUAGGUCGCAUUUAUUUGAUUUGCCUUCAUUGUAUGAAGUUUUUUGUAUUCAAGUCGCAUGCAUAGUAUUUUAAUAGUGUGUUUUGACUCAUACGCCUUUUGAGCUUGCUAUUUGUGUAGCUCUUUCAUAUCAUGAAUACUCUAUUUUAGUAAUCUAAAAAUAUGUUUUCUGUUGUUGCAGUUGAUCAUUCCUAAACUCACUUGAUUCAAAAUUGAUUUGAAGGGAACUUUUUUAAAUUCCAUUUGUCGGUUAUUGUAACAAAAGUCGAAAAUAAUACUCAAAUAUACUCGCGUCUGGCUUCUAAAGUUUCAGGCGAAUUUUUAAUGUGAUGUUUUUUAACUUUACUAGAAUCGAAUACAAAGAUAUCAGUACUUUCUUAUAAAUCGAUAUAUGAGAUUUUUAUAGUUCUCUGGGCAUUCCUAGUAAAACCGGUGAAUUGUAGAUGUGAUGAUCUUUGUUACACAGAUUUUUCAAAUUAUAUUCAAAAAUCAGUUUCACAUUAAACAGUGAAUUGCAUUCAAAUCAAAAAUCCUCAAAAUUUGAAUCAGAAGAUUUUAAGAAGUCUACUUGAAUAGAAUGUGACAUUUCCAAAGGCGGGACAAUCUUUCAAUUUCUGUAUUAUGAUAGUAUGCAAAUAAUGUUAAAAAGAAUUGUUAUAACCAGGAAUGAUUUGAACAAAUUCGAAGUGAAAUUACAUUUUUCUAAAAUCGAUUGAUUUCUCAAAUUGUGAUGGGACCAAAAAAAAAAGGAACACCCUAUAGAAGUAACGUCUGAACUUUGGAAAUGGUGCAUCCAGAUUUUGAACCUAGAGAGGAACCUAUAAGAAAUAAAAUAAUUAAUUGAUCCGAGAUAACUUUAUUUAAAAUUAUGUUGCAUAUUUAAGUGAAACCUUGUUCUCAUAUCACAUUCCAGAUUUUUAUCAAUUGCAUUUUUAAGGGCUAGCUAUAAAUUCGAAUAUACUAUGUAUGUAUAUACAUCGAAAGGGUUUGAAUUAUUUAAGAAAAUUUGUUAACUGUGCAAAUAUAUUUUCGGAUAAUUGUAUAUAUGUACUAUGUAAACUAAUUAAGGGUGUAAAUGACCAUUGAAAAGAUGCAAUGUAGCCUUCACAAUGAAUAGUUUUUGUAAUUUUAUAAUUGGUUGAAACUCUGUGCAAAUUAGCAAUGCUUUUUCUUUGGUUACAUCUAUUUUAUCUAAAUGCAGUGUUCAAAAAUAUAUACUUGUUAAUUUUUAUUUUGUUAAUCAUAUUAUAUUUUGUAAUAUCUUAUUGUUAAUAUACAAUGGGUUAAAAUGUU